CCAAGAGACUCCAUUUUGGUUUGGUCUGAUGGGGCCUGAUGCAGGAGCUCAGUCCAAAACGAUGUCCUCUCCUAAUGUUGUUUAAUAGAUAAUAUCUUUCAGACUCUGUAAUCUUUUCCCGUCACUCCCAGCAAGAUUUAGGAAGUAGGAUGUAGGAGGAGCCCAAUAUGGGAGGGCCCAUAGUUGGGGGACUGAAGGACACAAAUCUGUUUGACGUCGUCCAUUUGCAAAGGGACCCAUAAAAAUAAGCUGCCCUCUCCAUCGUUUCUUUUCCCUGAAAUAAGACGUGCGACUUUUCACUGUAGCAGAGAGCGGUGCGCAAGGACGCUCGGCGGAGAAACGGCGGUGCAGAGCUCCGGGAGGCAAGGGGACUGUGGGGGCUGCCGCCCCGCUGGCUCAUGGGAAAUGUAGUGCCACUUCCAUCAACAUGGCCGCGCCCAGUGUUAACAUGGACAGUAAUCACCAGAGUAAUUGCAAACUCAGUAAAACUGAGAAGAAGUUCUUAAGGAAACAGAUAAAAGCCAGGCAUACUUUGCUGAGACACGAAGGCGUUGACACAGUAUCCCAUGCUACUCAGAGCCUGGUUGUGGCCAAUGGUGGUCUGGGAAAUGGCGUGAGUAGGAACCAGCUGCUCCCAGUUUUAGAGAAAUGCGGACAGGUGGAUGCUCUCUUAAUGCCGCCUAACAAACCCUACUCAUUUGUAAGGUACAAAACUGCAGACGAAUCCAGGGAAGCCUACAGUACCCUCAACGGAAAAGAAAUAGUGGAUGAUUUAGGACAAAAGAUUAUUCUGUAUUUGAGUUUUGUGGAAAAAGCACAAUGGAAGAGGUUGGAUCCUCCAGUCUUACCUCCAGGCCUCACUGUAAUAGAAGAAAUGAUUUCUUUUGAUGAUGAGAAAAGGCUUUUGGAAAGUAUUAAUUGGACAGAAGAUACAGAUAAUGAAAAUUGUGGUUUAUUUUCUUCUCUUCACACAGUUCAGAAAUCCUUAAAACACAGAAGAGUAAAGCAUUUUGGUUAUGAAUUCUGCUACGAGAACAACAAUGUAGAUAGAGAUAAGCCAUUACCUGGGGGUCUUCCUGACAUUUGUGAUAGCAUUUUGGAGAAAUGGUUGAAGGAAGGUUACAUUAAAUAUAAACCCGACCAGUUGACCAUAAAUCAGUAUGAGCCUGGGCAAGGAAUUCCGCCUCAUAUUGACACACAUUCUGCUUUUGAGGAUGAGAUUGUUUCCCUCAGCUUGGGGUCAGAGGUUGUCAUGGAUUUUAAACACCCAGGUGGUGUUGUAGUGCCGGUUAUGUUGCCUCGUCGGAGUUUGCUGGUGAUGGCAGGAGAAUCUAGAUACCUUUGGACUCACGGAAUCACACCCAGAAAAUUUGACACUGUUCAAGCUUCUGUGGGUCACAAAAGUGGAAUUAUCACCAGUGAUAUUGGAGACUUAACUUUAAACAAGAGGGGAAUACGAACAUCAUUUACAUUUAGGAAAGUGAGGAAAAUGCCUUGUAAUUGUAGUUACCCUUCCGUCUGCGACAGUCAGAGGAAAGAAACUCGUCCCUCAUUUCCAGAGACUGAUAAAGAAGCCUUACAGCUGGAGCAAGAGUACGUCCAUCGAGUUUAUGAAGAGAUCGCUGGGCACUUCAGCAGCACGAGACAUACCCCCUGGCCACACAUUGUGAAAUUCUUGAAGGCUUUACCGAGUGGCUCUAUAGUGGCUGAUAUUGGAUGUGGGAAUGGAAAGUAUCUUGGCGUCAAUAAGGACUUAUACAUGGUUGGCUGUGAUCGCAGCCAAAACCUCGUGGACAUUUGUAGAGAGAGGCAGUUCCACGCCUUGGUCUGUGAUGCAUUAGCUGUCCCAGUCCGCAGUGGGUCCUGUGAUGCCUGCAUCUCCGUUGCGGUUAUUCACCAUUUUGCAACAGCAGAGCGUAGGGUGGUAGCUCUCCAAGAACUUGUUCGACUCCUACGGUCUGGAGGAAAGGCGCUUAUUUAUGUCUGGGCAAUGGAACAAGAAUAUAAUAAGCAGAAGUCCAAGUAUCUUAGAGGAAACAGAAUUGGCCAAGAAGAGAAAGAAGAGAUUAAUAGUGAUACCUCACUACGAGGGCUGCAGAUGACAGACGUGGGCAAUCAAGACUUGGCAUCUUCUUCUGUGUCUCCUGUUAAUGACUUUCAGGAGGGAAGAUGUAAUUCAAAGAAAGUUACUAAUUCUGAGUUGCCUAUUCAUACCAACAGGACUUCUUUUCAUUCUCAAGAUGUACUGGUUCCUUGGCACCUCAAGGGAAACCCAUGUAAAGACAAACCUGUUGAGCCAAUUGGUCCAGUUGGAUCCCAUGACCCAAGUCCUGUGUUUCAUCGUUACUACCAUGUAUUCUGCGAGGGAGAAUUAGAAGCUGCCUGCCAGACUUUGGAGAGAAGACUUGUGCAAAAAGUACUAAAGGAGACUCCUGAGAGAAAUUUGGAAGUUAAGACUAGUUGGGAAACAUUCAGUCUGCUACUGUUGGCUGACCACCAUAAUGCAGGCCCCUUAUACAUCUCUACUGAGGAUGGUUUUUAAAAGUGAUUACAGGACCAGGUGGUGGUACAACUGUAAUACAACUGGACUCACGUGGAAAAGGUCCUGGGUUUGUAUCCCAAGACCUCUCUGAGCAUGCGAGGCACAUGCAUGCUCUUGAUCCAGACUGACUGAGAUUGAGGUGGAUCAUGAAGACGCUGUUUGGGGUACCUGUCUGUCUCUCUCAUGGAAGAAAGAAAUAAACUUUUUUUUAAAAAAAGUGA